CACUUGGUCCCAGCCCCGGAGAGUCAGGGGGAGGGGGAGGGUGACUGUGACUUGUGCGUGGGUGUCUCCCUGUCCUUAUCUUGCCCUGCCCCUCCCCUCUCCUGCUCUUCUCUCCUCGCCGUCGUCCUCCCACGGCAAAUCUGGGUGUAAUUGGGAAGGAGUUUCCAUUGCCCUGCCCUUUGCCCUGCCUGGGCACGGGGAGGAGGGCGGAAUGGGCCGAGACCUGCUUCCUUAGGCUCUGCCUGCCUUGGAGGGUGAUUGUGGGUGGGAGCGCGCGCGGGCCAGAAGCGAAAGUGCGGGAGAGUGGCUGGUGGGGCUCGCAGGUCUUCCUGCCCCUUCUGGACUUCGGGUUACCUCGGAAGGAUCUGGAGAAUACCAAGAAAAUUAGUAUGCCUGUGCUCCCUUGGGACUCGCUGGAAACUGUACUGUGACAUCUGCUGGGAUUUAAUCUGAUAUUUGUAAAGCAUCAUCAGAGAGCCAUUUUGUGUGCGCAUGCGCGCACACACAUACACACACAGAGUAUAUUAUAUAACUGGUGGAGGGUAGUUCCAAUGUGAACUCCAGAGCUGGAGUGAACUUCCAGGAAGAAGCAGUGUCUUGAUCCUUAUAGAGAAAGUCUGGAGUAAAUGAAUUAGAGGGGUGUGCAGGCUGGUACUUAAAAUGGAAGUAGACAUUAAUGGAGACUCCAGAACUACCCUAUCUACCCUUCCUUUACCUGUGUCAGAAGUGAGUUCCCCAGGAAGAGCCGAAACAGAAAAGCCUCGCUGCUCUAGCACUCCCUGCUCACCAAUGAGACGGACCGUUUCAGGUUAUCAGAUCCUUCAUAUGGAUUCUAACUACUUGGUUGGCUUCACAACUGGUGAGGAGCUCUUAAAGUUAGCCCAAAAGUGCUCAGGAGGUGAAGAGAAUAAGGGGGAAUCCGUGCCUACCUUGCGCUCCAAACAGCUUGAAACAGGACUCGCACGUUCUUCUCGUUUAUACAAAACCAGGAGUAGGUACUACCAGCCAUAUGAAAUCCCUGCUGUUAAUGGAAGGAGGCGAAGACGAAUGCCCAGCUCAGGAGAUAAGUGCACUAAGGCUAUACCUUAUGAACCUUACAAGGCUCUUCAUGGUCCUUUACCUCUCUGUCUUCUCAAAGGUAAAAGGGCUCAUUCAAAAUCACUGGACUACCUCAAUCUAGAUAAAAUGAACAUCAAGGAACCUGCUGACACUGAAGUGCUGCAGUAUCAACUUCAACAUCUGACCCUCCGAGGGGACCGUAUGUUUGCUAGGAACAACACAUGAAUUACAAGUCUUAGGGGGAGGGUAAACCAAUUCUGGGUUGGUUUCACUUGGCUGCAAAAAUCCAUUCUUGUACUGUAGAAAUGAAUCUCCAACAUCAUAGGAGGUCAUAUCAGCUAAGUGUUCUUGGAACGACAACAAUGAUAACAACAAAAUUUGAAUAAAAUGUUCAAUAUGGAAGCAAAAUUACAGGUAUUUUGGGGAAGAGUUAUUCAGAAUAAACGAUCUCCAGGAAAAUCAGAGUGACUUUAAUUGGUAGGCGUUACUUUGGAUAACUAUUUAGGUAGCAAAAAGAGACUUCAAUAGAUAAAUAUAAAGUCUUUAUGAUGAUUUGACAUGCAGCUUGGAAAUGGGAUCUGCCUAGUUGUUGCUGACUUGGUAUGACAUACUGGAAAUUUAUAUCAGAUAAGUACUCAAUUACUUGUUAAUUUCUUUCUGUAUUUUACUAUGAUAUAUAGAUAUAUAUGUAUGGUAAUGAUAUGUUUUUGAAAUUUGAGAACUGAAUAUUGCUGUAUUGGACCACUUUUUAUUUUUAAAAAUUCAGUUUAAAUGUUUUAUAACUGAUUUUGCACUGGAAAAAAAUAACAUUUCAGAUGGACAAGAAAAUCUCUGUUCACUUGAUUCAGUAAUGUUAUUGAACAAUUUUUUAAAAUUUCCUCUUGGAAAUUUAUUGAUCUUCCCUACUGUUGUAAAAUAUUUCUUUAAAGUAUAUCUUAAUAAAAUUAAAUUUGAGAUACAAAAUAUUUAUUUUACCAUUUAUGAGGGUAGACUUCUCCAGGAAGUUUACGGUAUGAGGUUUCAUAAGUUGAAUAGUUCUUUUAACUUAAAAAUUCUGAAUUGAAAUUCACCUGAAACAUCAUGAGAAUCUGGUUUGGGUUUUUUUGUUUUUGAUUGUGGAUUAUAGUUAUAAUACUGACUGCAUCUGAAUCUUCAGUGAGUGAAACUUUUAGAAAUGAAGUCAUAAUUUCUAUUACUGAAUAUUUAAAUUAAUAUUGAAGUGAUAUCUUUCAGCAUGGCAUUAAAUCAUUUCAGUUUUAGCUGUGCAUAGCACAGAACAUUUUUAUUGAAAACCUAGCUUCUAAGAUUAGUUUGAAGGCAUAAAAUGCUUCUGCAGUCUUAAUGGGUUAAUCCUGGAUUAGCUAACAAUUUAUGUCAAAUGCACUGGUUCAAUUUGUGGCUGAAGAAAUAAUGUCCAAACAUUAAUAACGAAUACUAUUCGAACUGGGCUUGAAUAUAUUUUGAAAAUGUAUGUAACUUAACCUUUUUGUAAAAGUUCCUGUUUCUUUUUUGGGGGGGCAGUCUCUUAAAGGUGCAAUUUAUCACUGAAGUGGCAUUUCUGGCAGCAUUUAAUAUUUUAUUUUGGAAGGCUAGUGAAUGAUUUCAGGGUUAGGAACCUUAUUUAUGAAAUAGGGACAUCUUUUAAUUGAUGAAUUGGCCAUUCCUGGUGCAAAUUGCAGCUGUUCUUUAACCAGACUGGAUAGAAAGCUCGGGAGCCCGAGCAUGUGAUAAAAAACAUUAGGAAUGUUUUUCACUCAUUUUUAUUAUACCUCCACUGUAGUAAGCUACAGUAAAGAGCCUUGGAAUAGUUUGCCUACAUCCUGCUGAUUUGAUCAGUUGUUUUGCUGGAAAUAUUUUUCAGCUUUUGUACAUUUUCAAGUAAAUUGCACCUUUUUAAACUUACUGCAUUAAAGAAUAAUCUCCAAGAUAAACUAUAUAUCUAUACAGUCAUUAGUUUGACAAGAAAUAGAAUACUGUCAGAUGCCAAAGAGAGGUGGGGUUUUAUGUUUAAUGAUUAAACAACCAUUAUUUAUUGAUGACUUACCCUAUGGAACUGUAUUGUUUCUGGUUAUGAAAUAAAGGGAUGAUGCAAAUAUA